AUGACAUUCGAGCAUGCAAGUAAACUACAGAACUGUUUUGGCGGGCAGAUAACGAUAGAAUAUUUGGAUGGUUCAGACGAGCGUGGAGAUAAAAAUAGUAGUAUCGCACUCAACAUCGUUAAGCCCUUAUUUCCGAAGAAAAUUGAAUUUGCUACUAACAAUCGCUCAAUUUCUAUGGCAUCACAAAAGGCCGCAGGUUUUGUUCGGGUUUCGCGCUAUUGGGAGCAAAUGACUAUGAGUACUCGCGCUUUAAUCAGCCUGGCAGGCCAAGCGAAAUUUGGAAAUAGAAAAGUCCAAGCACCGAGAGUAAAUAAUUCUCUGUUUGGUGCAGAUAAUGGGUACUCCCUGGAAACCUAUUUCAAUGUGACGCAUUUUAAUCAGGUACUCAUUUUUGGCGAUUACGCAACUUUGAUCGGUGAGAAAGACUACGAAGCUGAAUGCUCAUUGGCCGACGCAACUCACGUGGCCAUAUACUUUCUUUAUGAAGGUAACGAGGAAAAAACAAAACAGAUGUUGCAAUUGAAUGAAAAACAGUAUGAUGACAUCAACAAAAAAGCAGGAAAGGUUGGUUGGACAGAAUGCCCGAUCCUCAGGAACUACAUCAAAGAAAACUCGAAGACGAAAUUUUUUUGCGUCAACGUUAGUAAGUUCACUGAAUGGGACAAGUUAGAAAAUAAAGUCAUCAAAGGUGCAAAAUGUUUGACGCUCUCGAAUUGGCGUGGAAUAGGAAGAAGUUUCAGAACCCACUUCUCUAGCAAACAUCUCAAAUUUCAUGAGAGAGACCUACAUUUUGCACUCAAACCAUCGGAAGCUAUUUUGAAGGAAGCGAAUAGGUUUCGUCGUGUGUUACAUGGGCCUUACAUUGCUGUGCAUGUCCGAGGGGAAAAGGUUCUUUUGGCGCAUAAUUUUUCCGACUACAAAGCUGCCUGCGUGUUUUACACGAGCUCGUAA